UAUCUUCAUCCACACCUCUCCCUCCGAAAUAUAUCCGCUUAUUCUCCUAAUUCUCAUAAGCUUUUCUCACUCAAAAUCAUCAUGGAGGUUUGGUUCGUCGUCCUCGUCUCUAUCUCUCUCUGCCUUCUUCUCAGAGCUUUCUUCAACCUUCUCCUUCCUUCCCCCUCCCCUCCCCUCCCUCCUGGUCCUCUUCGUAUCCCUUUCAUCGGUUCCUUCGUUUUUCUGGGAAAAUCAUUCUCAGAACUCGAACCCAUUCUUCGAAGUCUUCACGCCAAGUAUGGCUCCAUGGUCACUCUGCCUAUUGGUUCUAGUCCUGCUGUAUUCAUUGCUGAUCGAUCUCUCGCCCACCAAGCCCUCGUUCAAAAGGGCGCCGUCUUCUCCGACCGCCCCAAGGCCCUUCCCGCCGCUAAAAUCAUCAACAGUAACCAGUAUAACAUCAGCUCCGCUUUCUAUGGCCCAACAUGGCGAGUGCUCCGUCGCAACUUCACAUCCGAGAUUGCUCAUCCGACCCGGAUCAGGUCCUUCUCGGGUGCGCGUAAAUGGGUUUUGGACGUGCUUCUCAGUCGCCUCAGGUCUGUCUCAGAAUCAAGCAAACCCAUUAAAGUGAUUGACCAUAUCCAGUAUGCUAUGUUCUGCUUGCUGGUUUUCAUGUGCUUCGGUGAGAGGUUAGAAGACAAGCAAAUCAAAGAUAUCGAAUAUGUUCUGCGUCGUUUGCUUUUGAGCUUCACUAAGAUGAAUACACUAAAUUUCCUGCCAAGAGCAGUGACUCGAAUAUUUUUCCGCAAACGUUGGGAGGAACUUCUGCAAAUGGUCACGGACAGAGAAAAUGUGAUAAUUCCACUGAUAAGAGCGAGGAAGAAAGCCAAGGAAGAGAGGUUAAGCAAAUCGAACGAGGACAGCAACAACAAGGAAGGUGAAAUCACAGUGUGUUAUGUGGACACCUUGUUGGAUUUGGAGUUUUCUGAGGAGAAGCGAAAGCUUGAGGAAUCUGAAAUGGUUUCGGCAUGUUCAGAGUUUCUUGAUGGAGGCACAGAUACAACAGCGACAGCUUUACAAUGGAUUCUGGCAAAUUUGGUGAAGUACCCUCAUAUUCAACAGAGGCUUGUGGAUGAAAUAAGAGAGGUCAUGGGCGAGAGGGACGACCAGGAAGUGAAAGAAGAAGAUCUGAGCAAAAUGUCAUAUCUGAAAGCUGUGAUCUUGGAGGGACUAAGGCGUCAUCCACCUGGGCACUUUGUGCUGCCACACGCAGUUUCAGAAGACGUGGUUUUGAAUGAUUACUUGGUGCCCAAGAAUGGGACUGUGAAUUUCAUGGUUGCAGAGAUGGGAUGGGACCCAAAGGUGUGGGAAGAUCCAAUGGAGUUCAAGCCUGAAAGGUUCUUGAACAGUGAAGGGAAGGGAAGUGAAGCGUUUGAUAUUACAGGGAAGAAAGAGAUAAAGAUGAUGCCAUUUGGGGUAGGAAGAAGGAUGUGUCCUGGCUAUAAUCUGGCAAUGCUUCAUUUGGAGUAUUUUGUGGCCAAUCUGAUUUGGAAUUUCGAGUGGAAGGCUGCAAAUGAUAAUGUUGAUUUGUCUGAGGUCCAAGAAUUCACGGUCGUAAUGAAAAGCCCAUUACAGGUUCUUAUAUCUCCCAGGCUUUAGUUAGAUACAUGCAAAAUCCAUUACAAGAUGAUGGCAUCAGUACCUUAAAUUCGUGCUUUUUCUUUUUUUACCUAAUUAAUAAAGGCCAUAUGUCAGUGUAGUUAUAUUAUCUUUUCUUCCAUCAAUGUUUUUGUAAUGCACGCGAAAAUAUGAGUUUGUUUUCAAUAGGUUUUAGAACAGUCAUUUGAUUUUGAUUUUUUCGUACCUAAGUUCUCUGGUUAA